CUUUAUGAAACUUCUGAGAUCCAUCUUCACCACGACACAACUUCAAAUACCCCCACUGGAAGCUUUCGUUAAACCCAGAGCAUACGGCUUUCUAUUACGUGCACCAAUCUUCAUCACCAAGCGAAAUGUCGUCAAACAAAACCGAGACCAACAACAAAGAGGCUACCUCUUCCGAUGAAUUGACAGCUGUGGUCGAGGAUUUACUGAGCUCGCUGUCCAACAAGUUCGCCGGUGUAUCGAGCGAGAUCUUUGCCAAGAUGGACGAGAUGUCACGACGACUGGACAAUCUAGAGGCUGCAUUACAGGCGAACCAAAAAUCCAACGAUUCGAAUUCUUCGAAGUAAUGAUACCCUAAGAUGAGAUCAGGCCAGGGCUUGGCGUUGCAGGAGUUCAGGUUGUACUUGUGGACUACCAUAGAG